AGACGGCAUGGUUUCCAUCCUCUUCCUACUCAGCACGGGUUCAUAAGACUAAUUUAUCAUCAUCAUUAAUACAGUUCAACGAUCAAACGCAGAAAAGCAUAAAGGGAUUUUAUGUGCUGUUUUUUUGUUUUUAAAUCAGCUGUUUUGUUUACUGCUGCUGCCUGUGCUGGAUUAUUAUUAUUGUCAUUAUUAUUAGUGCUAUUAGUGUGUAGCCACAACACUUUACCACCAAAUCGGUUUACGCAUGACGCAUUUAGUGGAAGUUGUAAUGAUCCACAACGCGACCUGGUGAUGACGCUUCUCCCGUAGCGGUGACUUGUGGGCAGGCCCUCGGUCCUCCCUGGCUUUAAUCUCACUCUAUACUGUAACCCGGGUAGGAAAAUGGCUGCUCCGGGAGCUCCAGCGGGUCUUCCUCCGGGUCUCAGUCCCAGCUUUGCCGUCGUCUGCUCGUUUUUAGAGCGAUACGGUGCUGCUCUGGACCUCCCAGAAAUGACUUUCCCCCAGAUGGAGGGAUACUUACAGGAUACAUCAUCAGUUCCACAGCCUCUUGUUGAGCUCCAUGUCAAGUUACUCCGCAAACUUGGCAAGUCAGUGACAUCAGACAGAUGGGAGAAGUAUCUUGUUAAGGCAUGUCAGGAGUUCAACAGUACGUGGGCAUGGGAGCUGGAGAGGAAAGGAUACCCAGAAAUGUCCACGGAGUGCAAGGCCGACAUACUUAAGUAUUUGUGUGAAAGCCAGUUUGAUGACAACCUCAAGUUUAAGAUGGCAGUGAACGAGGAAGACCCAGAGAAGAUGCGCCUGCAGCCGAUCGGCAGAGAUAAGGAGGGGCUCCUAUACUGGUUCCAACUGGACCAAGACCAGAACAUUCGGCUCUACGUCGAGGAGCAGGACGAUCUGGAUGGGUCAUCAUGGAAGUGUAUUGUCAGGAAUAGGAACGACCUGGCAGACGUUUUGGAGCUCCUUAAGACUAAGGUGGAACCAGCCGUGACAGACGAGGACCGACCCGAUGGUACUUCUGGCGUCCCAGGAGAUGAGAAACCCUGUGGAGGUGAACUUAAAGUCCUGAAUAAGGCCGCUAAAGUGGAGUGUGCCUCGGAGGAAGAAAGCAAGCCAAUUACUUGUAGUGUAAAUGUAAAUUCUGACCGAUCUCUCAAAGAAGAAAGUCAGAUCGUGUGUGAAAUGAAAAGAAAAGGUUCUGCCGGACCACUUAAACUGGAACAAGAGCAAAAGGAAGAGCUGGAGCUGAAAGCGCUUGGCACUGAAACACCAAAAUUGGACCAGACUCCUGUUAUAGACAACAGAGUGAGCACAAUUAAGAGCCUCAUCAAGGAUGAGUCGAGAGAUACACCUCGACACUGGAACGCCAUUUCGGUCGUCAUGGCACCCGGUUCCAUCAAACAAGAACUUCCAGAAAAGACCGAUUCCUGUAAGGACAAAAAAGAGAAAACGCCAGAAGAUUUCGAGAGAGCCAUGAAAAGUGACCAGCAGGCUAAGAUACCACUGAAAAAGAGGGAGCUGAAAAGAAGUGAAGCCUACGACAACAGUCAUUACAGCCACGUAAACAAUAACAACAACAGCAAUGGCAGUGUUUCUGUGGGUGGGAUAAUUGUACGCAACCCAGCAGCAUUGGAGCACACUGGAGAAAAAAAAAUUGCAGCAUCUCCAAUUCUUGGAGAAAAUUCACAGGCAAAGGAAAGCACUGAAUCUGCCCAGGACAGGGCUGUAGCUCUGAUUAAAAGAGAACAGUAUGUAGGUUUCGGAGUGAUUAUGGGCCCGAUUGAGAGAAAGCAGACUUUUCCUUUGCCUGAUGGUUCAGGAAAUUCCACAAAGCCUAGAAACGGACUGCACGAAGAUCGUGACAUGAAGAGCUUUAAGACUGAGGCGGCACAUGCCGAGAGCAUACGGCAGUCAGUGUUAGUUAGAAAGCCAAGUAUUUCCCAGGCCACUCAUCAUCUGAGCAUGAGCGAAGAGAUGACGCUUAGAGUUGAGCACGCAGAGAGUGACGCCAAAGUAAAGGCUCUCGGAGCAGAUGCUAAGGGGCGAGCCACAUUAUUGUUAGCUUUACCCACAGACGGCGAAAAUCCUAUAGAGUGUAGUGACGGGAAGUCGGUUAUCAGGUCUAGGACCGAGCAGGAAAUGGUAGCAAAGCUUGAAGAGGCGUGUAGUACGGAAGAGCUGGCUGGAAGCAGAAAGGCUAAAGUGACAAAGAUCCCUGAUGAAGGGACAGGUGACAUCACCGGCGACCAAGCCGCAGAAGAAAACAACAGCAAAGGAUUUAAAAGUUCCAAAAAAAGACGGUCCGAUAAAGCGAAGCUCAAGUUGCAGAGCGGGGACGAUUGGAAUAAACUCGAAGACGAGGAAGUGUCCUCAGAGCUUCAGAAAGAAGGCAUUCGUCUCAAGAUCAAGAUCCCGCUUCACAGGCGAACUCCAGAGCUCCGCAGGUCGGCCAGAAUCUGCAAGCCCAGUCCCAAGCUGGCAGAGAUACAGGAGCGGAAACAUACGGUGCCCCCUGCUGCACGGGAAGCAGAAGAGCACGGGGAUCAGGAAGAGGAGCGAGCGCUUCACAAGACAGACCUGCACAAGAAAAUCAAUUCAGAUGGACAAAUCAAAUCCAUUAAGGGGAAACGUAGACACAGACGGCCUCGCUGGUCGAAACCUUCAAAAAUUCGCAAAAUCGUAGCCAUUCCAGGAGGUGACGCAGCGUGUGAGAGCAAAUCUGAGAGAGAUGAUAAGAGUGAGAUGGAUUCACAGCACUCGGAAGAAGCUCCACCCGAAGAUGCCUGUAAACACUGCGGCCUCAUCAACCAUCCUGAACUGAUUUUGCUCUGUGACCGGUGCGACAGCGGCUACCACACGGCCUGCCUGCGACCUCCUCUGAUGAUCAUACCUGAUGGAGAAUGGUUCUGCCCUCCGUGUCAGCAUAAGUUGCUGUGUGAGAGGCUGGAGGAACAGCUGCAGAACCUGGACACGGCCCUGAAGAAACGGGAACGAGCCGAGAGGAGGCGUGAGCGCUUGGUUUAUGUGGGAAUCAGUGUGGAAAACAUCAUACCCAAUCCAGAUGCUGAUGCAGAGGAUGAAAAACAAGAGAAAAAAAAAGGUGCAAAGAAGUGUAAGAACCUGGAGAGGAGAUCCACACGAAAGAGAAAGUCCAUUAGUUACAGGUUUGACGACUUUGAUGAAGCCAUCGAUGAAGCAAUAGAGGAAGACGUCCAGAAUUCGGAUGGUGGAGACGUGGGUCUCGGUAAGGAUAUGGCAGAUAUCACGGACCAGGAAGAGAGAGAGGAAGCCAAAGAGAUCCGAAAGCCUGUGAAAAUCCCUGCUCCGUGCAAGAGGAAACGCCGCCGGAGACUUAACGAUUUAGACAGCGAAAGCACACUGGAUGAGGAGGAGAGCGAGGAUGAGUUUCAGAUCAGUGACAGCCUUUCUGUCCUAUCUCUUCUGUCCCCUUCCUUUGAGCCCAGUAUGGAGGAGGAUGAGUUUGUGGUGUCAGGGGAUGAUGGAGGCAGCGAUGCUGAUGCUGCAUCCUGGGAUGGGAGUGAGAGAGGCAGCAUCACCAGCAGUGUAGAGCGUCUGCCUCCGACCAGGGGGACAGCCAGAAACGGCCAAGCACAGAGAACUAAGAGGAGGACACGCAGAUCAGCUCGACGCAACCGAGGCUCUUCAGAGGAGGAGGAAGAGGAGGAGGAAGAAGAGGAGGAGGACAUAGACACAGAGGGCUCCAGUGAGGUCAGUGACAGCGAUGUGAAUCUGAGCAGAAGGCGGUCACGGCGUAGUCGGAAAGCCCAGAUCAACUAUUGCGAGACGUCCGAGUCAGAGGGGUCGCAUAAAGCCUCAGAACGGAAAAUUAACCAAGCGCCACGCCGCCGGCGAAUUUCCAGCUCCAACACGUCUGUCAUUUCUAAAGACUCCGAGCCGGAGGAUGAUUCUGACUCGAGGAGCAGACACCGAGGCCGAAAGAGACAGUCCACGAGAGAAGACUCCAAACAGAGGCACAAAUGGCUCAAACUAAAACCAGCAAGAAGUUCGAGCGAGGAAGACGAAGAAUCGGACGAGGAACAAGACACUGGCGCGUCCGAUGAGGAAAAGAGGCCUCACCUUAAAAGCCUGAACCGCAUCGAAUCGGACGAGGAAGAAGAGGACGAAGCGGACGAAGCGGAGAAAAGACAGCUGAGAAAGAUUGGUGGAAAACAGGAUAGCGAAGUUACAGACUGCAGGGAGCUGAGUGUGAGGGCACACACUAGAGGCUCGAAGGACUCCAUGUUGAAGCACAACGGCCUGCUUCCUCCAAGAUCUUCAGCUCGGGAUGAAGAUGAAGAUGAGGACGAGGAGGAGGAUGACCUCUCCGCCGCUACGGACUUUGUUAACUUUGUUUUUGACAGCGAACAGUUAUCCUGAUGUGCUGACAAAAUUUCAUAUAUUAUUUUCUCAUUGCCUUCUCUUUUUUUUUUUCUCUUUUUUUGUGAAUGUUUUUCAGUGUACUGGACCAAUCCAAGUUUCCAGAGGAAUUCUUAUGUGAUGUCCGAACACACUUUAGUUACAUACAUCAUGCACAUGUCAGAUGUAGAGCAGGGUCUCGGUGCACAUCCUGAUUUUUAUGAGUGGAGGGUGCAACAAUUUAAAGUUACAUUUGAUCAACUAGUCGCACUUGAUCAUAUGACAUGGCAACAUUAGACAUUUCUCUAAUGUUAGCUACCUUGUUAGUGCACCUGGGUCAUGGCUUUUAAUUCCACCGUGUAAUUACCAAUAGACUGGUAUAUCUGAAUUUAAAGCCCUUGUUAAUGAAAUACGCUAAAAAAAAAAUCCAACUGUAUGGAUACUGACUGUAGACUAAUAUAGACUCAAAACACUAAGGUUAUAUUUCACAUUUAUGGUUCUAUUUUCAAGAAGCUCCAAAACAGAAUGAAAACUGAACAUAAAGUCUUGAACUGGUCUGGAUUUUAUUCUUGAAGAAAGAUUAAGGAUUCUGUAGUACGUCAAUGAUGGUAAUUUUUUAUUUUUUUCUUCAGUGAGCCAAAUCUUUUACCUCGACUCAACAAUAAGAGUUGACAUUUUAAGUUCCCUGAUGAUUCAUUAUUCAAAACCAGAGAUUAAUAUUUUCACUCUUAAAUUUUCAUAGUUUGCGAUCUUGAUGGCCAAAACUGUUGCAGUUCUUCAGGCUGCAUCACACAGUUUAGAUUUCAUUUACAUUAUUAUAACUGAUGAAUACGUUUAGAACAUCUUAAAAAAAAUAGCAGUACAGCAGAUGCUUCCUAUCUUGUUCUUCAUGCACACAGCUUGGAGUCAAACCCACAGGUUUUAAGAAUCACACUAAAGGCAACUCGGAUGUUAAAAAGAGGUUAACAUUGAAGUAUUUUGAAUAAAACACACUGCUGGAGUGACAAACUAAAUGUCUCUUAUAUGCGAAUCAUUGAAAGCUGACUCGUUUACAAAUGACACAUUACUUUGGUUCACCUCGAUACAUCAGGGUUACUUGCAGAAAUCAGACACAUGGAUAACUACAAUGCAUAAUAGUUUUCAUGCGUGUGAUCUCUAGGGUGGACUAAAGUCGUUUUUUUUUUGUGAAUGAGCCAACUUUCGUUGAUGCACAUAUCAAUGAAUUUGGUAUUAAGCAAAUCACUGACUAGGCCAGACUGUAUAAAUGAAAUGCAGUUUAAAUCUGUGGGAACGCUAUCUAACUAGGAUUAGUUUGUUAUUUUGAAAAAUUGUGAAGGAGUAUGCUAUAUAAUGAACAUUAUAAACAUUUUGGGUUUCCUAGAACAUGCUUUUCUGGGACAAAUAAUCAUCACCUGGCUUGCUUUGUGAUGCGGCCUGCAGAGUUUCUCUUAUUACCCCCAAAGUUGAAUCUCCAAUUCUACUUUGCUAAUUUUUAAUUCCUUAAAAAAAAAAAAAACGGUUCAUACUUUUGCCGUUUAUAGUUCAUAGUUUCAGACCAUCCAUGCUACAAACUAGUCCCUGUAAUCACGUACAUUUUGGCAGCUAUACAUGACCAAGUCAUUCCCUCCCCUGCCUCAUAUUUUCUCUGUCUAAAAGUUUGUCAUGUUACAGAGAAAUCAAAAUGAACUGAAGACUCCCAUGGUGGAAUCCUUACUGAUUAAAUCUUUGGUUGUAUUAAAGUGAGCAUUUGAAAAUAAACCUGUGAUUUGAAUUCCAGCCGGCAGUCCUGUUAGAACUGCUGAAAAUUAAUCACGUUUAAACCAAUUUGAUGUCCUGUGGUAAACAUAAACAUAACACCUAGAAGAUAGCACUAUAAUGGAAGCUAUUCUCAUCAAAAUAGUUAAACAUAAAUAGCUAGUGAGCUUGGUAAUAACUAUUUCAACUAUUAACAUACAUAGAUGUGUAUUAAAAUUGCAUAUUGAAUAAGUUUUUGUUACUUCAAGAAGGUAUUACAAAAUUAGCUUAAACAACUUCAUUGUCUUGAAACCGUAGCUUUGGUCAAUUCUUUUGUAGGGAUUGUGUUGAUGGAACACCUCAGUCAACAUGCUGGUUUGUAAUUACUCAUAAAAUCGUCUUCAUAACAUUUUACUAGCAAAUUGUGGAACUACCUAAUGUGAGAUAUCAAACUACUGCUAACAAAGUAAGCAGGUAUUAAAGCUAACUAGUUAGCUAGCUAAUGUUAACACAGUGCUUUAUUUUUAUAACUUUGGUUAAAAAUUACUGUGCUUAUACUGUGUAACUAAAAGUUUUUAAGCACUACUUUAAGCCCAAUAAAUAUUAAAAAAAAAAAAAAGCUAAGAGAUGAUGUCUUAUGAUCAAGUUUGCACUGAUCGACUGAUCAAAUCCAGUCCUUAUUGACUCAGGGAAAAUCAGGAUGUGUGUGUCUCGGAAAUCCAUGUACAUUAUAGCUGUUCCUCAGAAAGAAAAGCACUGUAAUUUGUAAGGCCAGUAAUGUUUUAUUUGUCUAACACAAGCUUCUUUCAGCCUGUAGACACUGUAUAUUUUAUGCUUGUAUGCUAGCACCUUUGAAAUCAGUGGUUUUAGUAAUGUUUUCGGUUUUAUCCACUGUAAAGAAAAAAAAGUUUUUUUUGGGUUUUUUUUAUAUGAGAAAGAGAUUCUGUGGGAAUCGGUUUGGAACAGUUUUGAAUAACAAUCCUCGAUGCCAGCCUGUGUUUAAUUAAUACAUUUACUUUGUUUAGGGAGAAUCUUAACCCGACCAUAUUGAUGUAUUGAGGUGUUUUGCCAUCAGAAAAGAAAAAAAAGUGCCACAAAAUAUCAGUGCACAGAGUUUAGAGGUUAAAGCAAGUUAGCAGCUUUUUAUGGAAAUGACUUACAUACAGAAUCUAGCUACUUUACGAUAGUAGUGUCUUAUUACUAUCCUAGAUCUGAUUUCUGAAAAUGGUUGUCUAUUUAAAGUUGUGUAUAUUUUGAAUUGUUCCCCAAAUUUUGUCAAAUUAUAGUGCAUCUGCAAAGGUAACCUAAGGUGCUUCAAUCUGUCCAUGCUUUUUUUUUCUUUUCUUUUUUUUUUUGGGUUCUCUUUGAGUUUUUUUAAUACUGUAUAAAAUGUAUGUGCCUGUUGACUUGCCCCUAGGCUGAAGUAAAUUUUCUUGACUGAA